AGAACAAGGUACUUCAAGAACACACAAACAUCUCUUUAAACACUAACACAGAACUUAUGAAACAUGCAUGAUGGGAUAUUUACAUUCAGUCUUUUUGAACUCUUUCUGUUUCUUAGGAUGCUGGUUCUGAUGGUCUCUCAUCACACUGGGAGUCUCGUGUGCUCCAGGGUUCAAUAAUGACAGCUUCAUUGGCAGAACCGUCACUGGUUCGGAUCGAUCCGGUCACACUCGCUGCUCUUCAGGAUACAGGCUGGUACUCGGUCAACUUCAGCCGGGCUCAGAGUUUGGUGUGGGGAGAGGGUGAAGGUGGUCAGUUUGGGUCUCUCUCUACCUGUCGCAAUAACUCAAAUUUUUUUUGCACAGGCAGUGGAUUGGGUUGUCAUUACCUUCACCUCCACAAGGGGGAGUGUCUUACUGAUCAGUUCCUGGAUGGCUGCUUUAUUUUUAAACCACUGGCGAAUGCUAGUGAGUGCUGGAAAGAGCAGAAUAACAGCAGCAGUGGACUGGAGGCACAGAGAGGUGAAAUCUUUGGCUCUGACAGUCGAUGUUUCAUAUCUAACCUCACCAGAAAGGGUCAUUCAUCCUCCAGUCAGCCAGUUGCAGGUUAUUGUUAUAGACACAGGUGCACAGGAAUAAACAGGUAUCAAAUCCAGGUGGUGGAUUCUGAUUGGUUGGAUUGUCCAGCAGGAGAAAGCAUUGAGGUACCUGAUUAUCAGGGUUUCAUUUUCUGCCCAAACAAGAGAUUAUGUGAAUUCUCUGAUUUAACUCACACCCAAACACAACACUCAUUUGGGACAUGCAGAGAAAGAUAUCGUGACAAGACAGAGGAAGAUGCCACUCAUCCCAGACUGAAUUUAGACGUCACCACAGUUUCCACUUUGUCACUGGCUAAAGCAGAAAUCCUUAUGCAGGUAGUGUUGAGCCUCAGUGCUGUUUUCUCUCUGCUGCCUGCUGCUGUGCUCAUCUACUGGAAGUGUUCAUCAGCCAGAGGCAGAGUACAUGCUGCUAUUGAGGAUCCAUACAGGCUGCAGUUGGCUACCACAUCGACCAGAACUGCUAACUAAACACGAUGUGGACAUAAAUGCUACAAAUGUAUAAACACACACAUACCCCUGGAUCACUCUGUGACUGUGAAAGAAGCUUAAAAUA